AUGCUACUACUUCCUCAAGAAGGAACCUUCAUUACUACCUUCACUCUACCAAUGAUAACAGGAACGAGGUACAAUGCAAAAUUACGGACUGUUAAGCUUGACUUCAAUUUCAUUUUUGCUGGCUUAGGCAGGGAACGUAAAUCCAACGGCGGAGCUUCUCCGAUCGUUGUGAAGCUACAUCCAAGCAUGAAAUGGGAGCUUGCGAACAGGGCUGUGGAGGCGGAAAAUCCGACAAACAUAGACAGGAGAGGGGUUAGGGGUUCUGUUGACGGCGUGAUUGUGAUGUUGGCGAGAUUCGUGUCGGAAUCGUAG